GAACAUGGGGUUUACAAACAUAAGUAAACAUAUACCAUAUGUAUCAAACUAAUAUAGAUGUAGCCCAUGUUCUGAACUUUUAUCGCAAAUCUGAUUUCACAUAAGCAAAGCAAAUCUAACAGGUGGAGUUAUUGUCUCAUCAUCUAGAAUCACUGGUGUAUUUUCCGGUCAGUGGAUAAUGAUUUUAUUGCCAUGGUUCCUUGGAGAGCUGCUGCUGCUUUCCAAGUCCGGAGCCAGAGAAGGAGGGGACAGUGAGGAGGCGGCACCGGCACACAGCAUCCCGAGGGCAGGGUGAGAUACAGAGACGGGGGAGAACGACCUGCACACGAUAAGGAAGAGCUGGGAGAAGAGAGAGACCGCACCCUCCAAACCCCGAUUGUCUGCAGUGCUGGCACAGUCCCAGAGACAUCACCGUGAGGACCAGGAGGUGUGUGAGGUUGGGGCACCCUGGCACGACCCCAUCGGAGACCCCAGUGUACUUUCCAUCAGGGGUCAGAGGUCACAGACUUACUGUAACAGGAUGCCUGGCCUCUAUGAUACAUCCUCCUGGGUGCAGCUCCCUCUGGAGGCUUCGUGUGUAAGUGCCUGCGCCAAUGGAUUCAGUCUGGGGCUCAAUGCACAUCUCACAUACUUGAACGCUGGUAGUGACACAGUGCAAGCCAUGUUUAUAUACCUCCUGGAGGAGGGAGAGGUGGUGACAAGUUUUGAGGCGGUGAUUGGGAACAGGAGGGUUAAAGCUAAGGUCCAGAGUCAGAUCCGAAUGGAAGAAUGCUGUUCUAGCUGUCAGUGGGAAUCCUUACCAUGCCACUGCCCCAAGGGGCACCUUGUCCUAGACUCAGACACAUCCCAGAAUGUGUUUGUGCUCAGUGUGGGGGUUGUACACCCCUCUGCAAUAGUGAGUGUGACUCUGCGAAGCAGCAGAGAGCUGAAGACCCUUCCUGGAGGAGCAGUGCGAGUGACCCUCAACUCAACACUUGCACCCUUGGCCCCAAAUCCUGGGGAUCUCAACGAGCUUGGCGGUAGUCUAUGUGACGACAGGUUGUGCUUAUGUCCUGCCAGUUGUUUUGGGGGUAUGAGUGGGGCAGGGGGAAGUCCUUGGGUACAGCUGGCAGAUUCUCCUCCCCAAAUACUGCCCUCCAUGCAUCCUAGAUCCCUCUCUGCAGCUCUCACUGGCUUGGCUACCAAUCCACAGCGUUAUCGGUUUAGCUUUCGUCUACAGGUUCAGGGCCCUUGUCUUCUGGCAGGUAUAGAGAGUCCGUCUCAUGCUCUUCGUGCUGAUGCAAGUCCCUUUGCUCUCUCCGCUUCCUCCAUCUGGAUCAGUUUGGCUGAAGAGUAUAUGUGUGAUCGUGCACUGGAAAUCAUUCUGCACCCUAGUGAACCACAUGUCCCCCACCUAUCUGUUGAAAAAGGAGUCAAGAAUUUCUUACAAUAUGAGAUGCAUAUAAGAGAGAGAAAAGAUUUCAUUAGAGGAAUGAAGAAAUCUAGUGAUCCUGAAAGACAGGUUAACUUCGUACGGAGACGUUUUCACAAAGAUCUUCUUCUCAAUCCAGUGCUGAUGCUAAACUUUUGUCCUGACAUUACUGCCCUUAGCUCUCUCAGCUCUGAUCUCCCCACUGUCACCCGUGAAGUCCUAUUUUUUGUCCAUCUGAUGGGAGAGCCAUCCCGCGAUGUCCGGGAUGCUCUUCUACUGGCAGUGAGAAGUUUACCUGCACCCACUUUGCUGAAUGUGGCAGGUGGCACAUGUGACAACAGGGCCCUGUUUUCAACCAGCAGACAGUGCAGCAACGACUCGUUGGAGCUGGCAUGCAACUUUAUACAAAGCAACAGGCUGCGUGGGAUAUCCAGCAACUUGUUGUCUGUGUUGGGUCAGAUUCUGGCACUCCCAGUGCAUCGUGGUUACCCGCGGCAACUAUUCAUCUUCACAGAUGCUGAGUUUACUAAACCUGGCAGCGUCCUUGAUAUUUUAAGACGUCAUAGAAGGACAACACGCGUAUUUGCUUUUGGUCUUGGUGCAAAUACAUGCCACAAAAUUUUGGAGAGAGCUGCCAGAUUAACCAGGGGAACUGUGGAGUUCCUCAAUGAGGAAGAAAGACUGCAACCUAAGCUGAUUAAGGCCAUGAAGAAGGCACUGGAGCCAGCAUUGAGUGACAUUACCAUAGACUGGUACAUGCCAGAGACCAUGGAGGCUCUGCUUACACCCAAUGAGAUUGCUCCUCUCUAUCCUGGUGAUUCUCUGAUUAGCUAUUGUACUUUGUAUAACACAGUGAGGUUUCGCAGCAAGAAGGGAAUGGUGCUUGGGGCUAGAGAAGGUUCUCUUGGCUCAGUAUUCCAGUCUCAGGAGGAGGAAUCCCAAAUGACAGGGACCUCAAAUACUAGUUGCCUUAACCCAUCUGCUGGAAUGGAGGAUGUGGGCCGUGCUUUACAGGAGAUUUCACAUGAAAUUUCCAUGGAAUUCUCAGCUUGGAGUGAAGAUCUAGAGAAAAGUGAAAGUACCGGUGGUGGUGAUGGAGCUCAAGUAAGUGACAUAAGAAAGCGCAUUGUACGUUCCUCUUAUGUACAGGACCAGUAUGUACUCACUCAUUGCUCUGUCAGCACGGAGGCAACUCCAGCACAAACACAAUCUUCCAUGAGCUGUGACCACACUCAUGUCACCAGCCACGGGUCUACCAGCAGUGAGUCAGUAGGUUCUAGAGAUGCAGUUUAUGGAGGUUGUAUAACCCCCUGUUCUAGGACAGUGAGACAGCAGGAAAAGAACAGUGUCUCACAGAAUGAAGGAAUAUGUGUUCUCCAGAAAAACACAACUUCAUCCUGUAAGGACUCAGUAGCGCAGAGCUCGGAGGAGCUCGUCCGCAGGAAAGCUUUGAUUCAGGCCACCAUGUCUGGCCGCAGCUUCUCAUCCCCUCACGGGGAACUGGAUAUGAUUCGUUUACGGAGUGUCUUUGACAAGGUGUCGCAGAGCCGAGAGCCACAGGAUGAUAUUCGUGCAAAGCAUAAUGAUUCCUGCCAGCUUCUGUCUCCUGCACAGUUGGACUGGGACAUGUUGGUUGAUGCACAGUACCUUUUCUCUGCAUCUCCUGCUCCAGAAAGGGCAAAUUCAGCAUCUGGUGUUAGCAGUGAAUCUGGUUGGCAGUGCCGAGUUGUCGUCCGUGGCUAUGUUGGGAGCAAGAAACAUUCCUGGGAAACCGCAGUAAACCUCCAGCACCUUCUGAGUAGUUCUUGUGAAGAUGAUGUGGGAAACUGUAUUGAAAAUGAAGGGUGCUAUGACCUGCAUCAGCUAGCUGCACGCUCUGUGAUUCUGGACAAUGAGGAUAUGGCCUGGAGAGAGUGCGACAUUGAGCAUGGCUCCUCUCGUCGAUUUCGUCUGAAAGCUAUACAGACCAGCAAGGUAUACUCGCAAGCCUCCACUUUUACUUGCCCUGUCCCCGUAGACCGCACUACGCAGGAUGCACUUCCAGGACACAUGAUAGUGCGUAGAUGUGGGCGCAAUAAAAAGCGCAGCAGCACAAACUCAGGAAGUUGGUAUGUGGGAGACAAACAACACUCUGACAAUACAGGUGACAUCUUGGAACAUGCAGCCAGUUCUACAAUCCCACCAUCCUCCCAACUCAGUGCAUCUUUUGAAAAUGCCUUAGAGAAGAUGGGAAACCAGGAAGGACAUAUUGUUAGCCCUUUUGGCUCACAGAAACCUUCUGAUCUGUCACUAAGCUCAAGGAUUAGUGUGGGCAAGAGGAAAAUCCGUAGUAUGUCUGGGAAACUGUCCCCGCUGAAGCCGUGCUUAACUGGAGAGAAAGAGCCACAAACUGACCCUUUAGUACAGGACUAUAUACCCUUGAUUAUUUUACAGUCUGCCGAUGGUUUUUUCAACCUAAACAGUUGCUUUUCCAGCGUGGUGCAGAUUCCUCUUCAGCAGCUGCUGCGUGCCUCCCCAUUUGCUUGUCACCGUGGUAGCCUCAGUCCUGUGUCUGAACCCUGCCAAUCAGAACAUGGGGACCUUCUCAGAGGGGGAGCACAAACUUGCAAAGCAGGAUCACAGCCACAGGUUCCAGUGACCCAGGAUACUUCUUUUCACCCAGUUUAUGCCACAUCCUGCCCUGAAGCUCUUUGUCAUCAAGCAGACAGUGGGCGUGGGUCAGAGACUGACCCAUGUGACACUUCCCCAUGUCCUUCAGAGUUGGGCGCUGAAUUAGACACUGAUCUUGAGGGUUGUUCCUGGGCCACAGCAGUGGCACUUGCAUGGCUUGAGCAUCGCUGUGCUGGCUUCUUCACAGAAUGGGAGCUGCUGGCUGCAAAGGCAGAAGGGUGGCUGCGGGCCCAGACUCUGCCUGAUGACUUACAAUUAGUGGCUUUAAAAGGGGCUGCACGUCAACUUUUUCUGAUUCUCCGGCACUGGGAUGAAAAUCUCAAUUUAAAUAUGCUGUGCUACAAGCCAGGUGAUGUUUGAGCUAAUGUUGGUUUUCAGAAAAUAAAGGCAUUUAAACAAAA